CAUAUUGUGUGACAGUAUUUUGAUUCGUAUCUGUUGGCAGCAAGAAAGGAAAAGAGAAAAUAAGGGGGGAGACGAGGGGGAAAAGAAGAAGAGCUGUCAAAAGAAUUCCCGAGUCUCUGAAACAGCGGAGGGCUGCGGCGUAUUAUCCCCCCUAGUUCGCCGUUUCAAACUGAGUAGGCCAGGGUGCUAGAAUCCCUUCUUGAAGUUCCUCCUCUUCGCUUUUCCGUCAGCACCCCGGCCCAGUGGAGUUUCGGUGGCUGUGUGUCGGGUGUUGAAGGUGGCCCGGGGAGCGGCGGCGGAGACGAAGAUGCGUGAUGCGCGAUAGAGUGAGCGUCUGCCACGCCUGAGGCCCAAGAGUGACCGCAGAGCCCCAGUCCAGCCCCGGCACUACACGAAUGGCCCAGGGAAACCACCAGAUUGACAUCCAGGUUUUGCACGACCUGCGCCAGAAGUUUCCCGAAGUCCCGAGGGCGUGUCCCCCAGUCGUUCUUCAGAACAACAACAACUUGGAUGCCUGUUGCAAGUACCUGUCUCAGGUGAGCCCGGGAUACCUGUACAACGACGGCAACAUCAGCCUCUCCCCCUCCGUCAGCUCCCCCGCGUGCGACGAGCCCAAUUUGGCGCGCCUGCGCAAUCACAUGACUCAACUCACGCUGGGCCGCCAGUGCCAGCAUGUGCCUAGCAACAGCGCCGGCGUUCCGAGGAUGAACGGCAGCCGAGCGCUGUCCCACAGCCUGAGCGAGGGGCCCCUGUCCAGCUCCCCGCAGACGCACGCCACCUUCUACGCCCAGGCCCACGAGCCCCAGUCCGCCCCCCCACACAUCCCCAUCCCCGCCAGCCUGAACGUCUUCGGCGGGAUGGAGCCAUCCACGCGCAAGCCCCAGCCCCCCCAGCACCUCGGCCUCUACCCGAUGGGCAGCAAAGUGCACGCCAUGGGGGGGCCGCAGGCCCCGCGCUUCAACCCCAUCACCGUCACGCUGGCCCCCAACAUCCAGACGGGACGCAACACACCCACGUCUUUGCACAUCCACGGCGGGCCGCAGGCGGGGCUCAACAGCCCGUCCGGGGGCAACUCCAUCUACAUCCGGCCCUAUGUGAGCGGACCCGGGCCCGGCACGGUCCGGCAGGGUCAGCAGGGUCAGCAGCAGCAGCCUGGGGCAGCCCGUGCGCAGUACAGCCCCACCUCGCAGCCCCAGCAGCAGAUCUACCAGAUCAGCAGUCACCCCUCCAGCCUGACCGGGGGCUCGUGGAGCGGCGGGGGUGGGCCACAUAACCUCACCUCACAGCACCAGUCGCCGCAGGGCCACCAGACCUCGCACGUCUACAUGCCCAUCAGCUCACCCACCAACCCUCAGGCGCCCUCCUUCCUGCAGGGCAUCUCUGCCGCCGGGGCCCAGGGAGCCUCCUCUUCCUCCUCCUCUUCCUCCGCGUCAUCAUCGGCCUCCUCUUCCGCAGGCGCCGCGUGCCCUUCCUCCUCCAACUCCGCCGCCUGCUCGGCCUCGGGCCUGCCCUCGUCCUGUUCCUACAGCCAGUACAACAUCCAGAACAUCUCCACGGGCCCGCGCAAGAACCAGAUCGAGAUCAAGCUGGAGUCGCCGCAGCGGAGCAACUCGACGGCCACGGCCGUGCUACGCACGUCCUCCUCCUCCUCCUCCUCGUCCUCUUCCUCCUGCCCGGCCUCCUCGUCCUCGCUGGGCGGCUCCACCACCCCGCUCUCCAUCGGCGCGUCGGGCCUGAGCCGCAGCCAGCCCACCGUUUACAUUUCGGCCAGCCCUCCCUCGGCCUCCCUGGCCUGCGGAGUCGAGGACUCGGCGACGAUUCCCCCGGCCUCCUCGCGCUCGCAGCCCAAGUUCUACAUCUCGGCCAACGCCUCGGCGGACGACGGCUCCGGUGGCCGGAACCCGCCCACGUUCUACAUCUCGCGGAGCGAGCACGGCGCCGGCGUCAGCAUGGGCCCGGCCUACAUCCACCACCACCCGCCCAAGUCCCGCGGCGCCGCCUCCUCCGUGGGGGGCUGCGUGGGAGGGCCCGGCUCGGCCACCUCCCCCCGCGUGGUGGUCACCCAGCCCAACACCAAGUACACUUUCAAAAUCACCGUGUCGCCCAACAAGCCCCCGGCCGUCUCGCCCGGCGUAGUGUCGCCCACCUUCGAGCCCACCAACCUCCUCAGCCUGCCGGCGGACCACCACUACGUGGAGCAGGACCCCCAGCACGCCUCCGACCCUCUGGCAGCUCACCGGGACCGAGCCAGCGAGCCCCGCCGACUCAGCAUGGGCUCCGACGACGCUGCCUACACGCAAGCCCUGCUCGUCCACCAGAAGGCCCGGAUGGAGCGGUUGUGGCGCGAGCUGGAGCUGAAGAAGAAGAAGCUAGAGAAACUAAAAGACGAAGUCAACGAGAUGGAGAAUGACCUGACCAAGAGAAGACUCCAGAGAUCCAAUUCUGUCUCUCAAAUUCCCUCGGUGAGUUACAUUUUUCACUACCGUUUCAAAACGGUUCGUUGCAAGAACAGGAUUCUGCAGAUUGACAUUGACUGCCUAACCAAAGAGAUCGAUCUCCUUCAAACACGAGGACCAUACUUCAACCCCAGUGCAAUUCAGAACUUCUAUGACAGCCUUGAAUGCUUCGGUCCGGUCCCUCCAAAACCCAAAGGGUCAGAGUACCCUGGCUCACUGGACAGGAGAGGACGAAAAAUAAACGUCUCCUCCAAGUUAAAGAUGGACGCCUCUGCUGCUCUUCCUCCUCCUGUCCCUCUGGACUCCCCCAGUAAGAGUGUGAAGGCGGUAGCCGACUCAGAGGAGGACGAGGGCACCCAGUGGAGCUGCACGGCCUGCACCUUCCUCAACCACCCCGCCCUCCUCCGCUGUGAACAGUGCGAGUUCCCGCGCCACUUCUGAGCCACAUCGGACGCCACACACCGACCGAUGCCGGGGCCCCCGCACAGCAUCAACAAACACACACACACACACACACACACACACUCCGCUACAGUGGGAGAAUGGACGACUCCUCUUCCUUCAUUCUUCUAGUCAUAUUGAGAAAACACGGACAGGGUUACCAGUUUUGUUUGUUGUUGUUGUUGUUGUUCGUUGGUGUCCUGUUUUUUUUUUUUCUCUCCAAGGUUUGUCGAAUGCUUAAUCAUUGAAGGCUUGACUGGAUAGAGUUGUGUCUCUUAAACAAACCAAACAAACAAAAGAAGCAAAACAGUUUAAAAAAACACAAACGCAAGCCAGCUGUGCCGGCGGUACCUCUUCUUGGAGUGUGUGUGUAUGUACGUGUGUGCCACACACACACACACACACACACACACACACACACACCACUGCCCCACCCAGCUCCGAGGGACAUUCCUCUGUCAAAGGGAGACCCUCCUUCCUCCCUUCUUCAGUAUUAUCAGAGUACUGUGCCUCGGAGUGAAAACACACACACACACACACACACACACACACACACACACACACACACAUACAUACAUACAUACAUACAUACAUACAUACACAUACACAUACACAUACACAUACACAUACACAUACACACAUACACAUACACAUACACAUACACAUAAACACUGCCCGUACGCACACACAGGGAAGGCUGUGUGGAUGCCAGUGAUUGGGGUUCUUCUCCUUAACGGCAGGGAGAGGAAUCGGGAUCUGGACUCGAGUGUGUGAGCAUGAUGGGGAAUCUACACACACAGGCUCCUUCUGGGCCAGACUGAUGGCCACAUCUGGGUCGCUGUGUGCAGGGGCUGAUGGGAAGAUUAGGCGGAGUUUCUGCCACUCAUUGGGGGUGAAAAAAGGAAGCAAACGAUUCUCUGUUAUUCUCCUUUUUCUUUGAGAGUACUCCUCACCAAAACUGGCGCCUCUGCAAAUUGUAGCGAAAAAAACAACCAAAAAAGAGAAAAACCUAAACUGCAUGCUUUACAUGUCCAGUCAAUGGAGGAGAAAACUAUUCCCCUGAACUUAUAACUGUACAUAGUUUUAGAAUGUGCUUUUAAACAAUGAAAAAGAUGCCUCCUUCUCACACUAUGAAUCUCUUAUAUUUCUUGUAAGUAUAGCUCUAUAGACUUCCUAUAGAAUAACUUUUACUCUUUUCUCCCCUCCCUCUCCCUCAUUUCUUCUUGAACAUGAAUAAGCACGGUUUCCCCAUUUUUGUAAGCUUUUGAACUUGAUUUCUGUGAGGAGGGAAGCAGUGCCUAUGGGAAGCGGAUUUGAUUUUUUUUUUUUCCAGGACGUGUUCAUGAAGCUCUGGGCCGCUCGCCUCUCCUUACUGGCAUACAAAGCUGCUGACGGUCCUACGUACGAUCUGCGCAUGCAGCGGAAGUCGGAAGAUGGAAUUAUUUGUUUUCUUUUGUUGUUUUUUUUCCUCGUCUCUGAAGAUGCAAGAGAACUUUGGACUGUUAACAAGGACAAAAACAAGCCCACAAAAAAGGAUUGACUAACCAUCUUAUCUGACAACUGGAAUGUAGGUUUAAUAUUUGGGGAUUUUUACACCUCUGUGCCAAGAGAAGUGUGCAUUUUUACCGAUGCACCCAUAAACAUUUUAUAGAAAAAGAAACUAUAUAUUCUCCAGAGUAAAGUUUGAGGGCUUGGACUAUUUUUUUGGGAGGGUGGGGGUUGGGGUGAUGUUACCUGGGUGUAUGUGCGCAGCUUGAUCUAAAAAGAUGAGUGUUCAGCAAAGUGUCACGGUGGUGGUUAGAUUGGGUUUGCAAGUAAACUACGAAAUCAAUCGAUUACAGUCAACCAAAGCUCCAGGAUGCGGCUGUGCAUCCGGCAGCCCCGUUGUUCAAGUGCCUAGCACCUGUGAUCACCUACAUGUGCCUAAAGCCAGAAGGACUUGACCUCGGCUAAGACUACACAAGCCUGAACAGACAGUGCCACAAGGGAUUCUUUCCCCCUCCCCCCAAAGUAUGUUGGUCCUAACUAUUAAUUUGAGAAUUCAGUGUUUACUGUUUUAUUGAUUUUUACCUUAAUAUUUGAAGUUUCUUUUUUUUUUCCUCAGAUUUGUGAAAAAAAAAAAUUCUCACGUGUUGCAAUUUGCUGCCUCACCCUGCUGGAUUUGAGUGCUUUGUGUCUGAGUAAUCUAAGCAGUCACCAGUCAAACGUGUCAUUUUUUUAAAAAGCUAAAGCAGAAACACCAAAAGGCGUUACAUGGAUGAAAUUGGUGGAAGGGUAGAGAGUUCUCUGAAGCACUUAUGUGAUACUUUGACCUGUUUUAAAAAUAAAAAAGGAAAUCCAGUAUCUGCUUCAGCCAUAGCCCAUUGAGACGAGUCUGUUCAUACGUGUUUUAUUAAUUAAAAGCAAAAAAGAGAGACUAAUUUGGAUAUCUAAAAGUUGUUUUUGAUUUUAGCUGGGAAAACUGUCUUUGUAACAGAUAAGUUAUUUGUAAAAAUAAAAAAAAUCUAUUCUGAAA